AUGUUUUCAGCGCUGAAGAAGCUGGUGGGGUCCGAGCCGGGGCAGUUCAGGGACAAGAACAUCCCAGCGGGUCUUCAGUCCAUGAACCAAAGCCUCCAACGACGCUUUGCAAAAGGAGUGCAGUAUAACAUGAAGAUUGUUAUCCGAGGUGACCGGAACACUGGCAAAAGCACUUUGUGGCAUCGCCUGCAGGGGAAGAAGUUUGUGGAGGAGUAUAUUCCCACACAGGAGAUCCAAGCCACCAGUAUACAUUGGAAUUAUAAAACUACUGAUGAUGUGGUCAAAGUCGAGGUGUGGGACGUCGUCGACAAAGGCCAAAAAUAUCUUCAUCCAGAAGGAAAAGGAAAAAGACGUGGGGACAAUUUGAAACUGGAGAAUGAGCCACAGGAGUCGGACGAGGUGGCCUUGGAUGCAGAGUUCUUGGACGUUUAUAAAAACUGUAACGGCGUCAUCAUGAUGUUUGACAUCACCAAACAGUGGACUUUUAACUACAUCAUGAGGGAGCUUCCCAAAGUGCCGACCCACGUCCCUGUGUGUGUGCUGGGAAACCACCGGGACAUGGGGGAGCACCGCGUCAUCCUGCCUGACGACAUCAGGGAACUCAUCGCUGGAUUAAACCGACCCAUGGGAGCCUCUUACAUCCACUAUGCUGAGUCCUCCAUGAAAAACGGCUUUGGUCUGAAAUACCUCCACCGCUUUUUCAACAUCCCAUUUCUCCAGCUCCAGAGAGAAACUCUGCUCAGACAACUGGAGACUAACCAGCUGGACAUGGACGCAACGCUGGAGGAGCUGGGUGUGCAGCAAGAGACUGAGGACCAAAACUAUGAAAUUUUCCUGGAGAACCUGGAAACCCGGAGCAAAGGCUUCGGCUCUCCCGGGCCGGCCAACGGUCAGUCCCCCUCCUCGGGCUCCCAGUCUCCUAUUGUUCCUCCCAGCGGCACGUCAACGGGCAGCUCCAGCCCCAGCACCCCUCAGCAACCUCCCAUACCCCCACAGGAGCCACCCCAGUCCCCCAGUGUCCUGGCCCCUGCCUCUCCUGCCCCUCCAGCGCCCCCUGUGGUCAGUGGAGCAGCAUCGCCCAGCUUGGAGGCCAAACUGCAGUCUCCUGAGCACGCACAGGGCUCUUCUGCAGCCGUGCCCCAGAAAAGAAGCUUCAUCUCCCGCUGGUUCGGAUCCUCUCCUGUCCCUGAAGACACUGUCCCCGCUGCAGAGGAAUCUCCGGCCCCGGUUUGUCCGAGCAAGGUCCAAAGUGUGGAUGACUUUGUCCCAGACGAGCGGCUGGACAGAAGCUUCCUGGAGGACAGCUUACCAUCCAAAACCAAAGUCCCAUUGCCCAUUCCUGCAGCAGCGGACAGUGACAGUGACGGAGAAAUGAGAGGGAACCCCAUGGUCUCUGGGUUCCUGGACGAGCUGGACCCUGAUGACUCGGUGCCCAGCCUGCCGCAGCCGAACAGACCCCGGGGUAAAGACAUCACCCUGAGCAGUGAUGAGGAAGCACCGCCCAAAGCACCCACCCUCACAACAAGCCAGCCCCUCCACAGUGAACCCGAGCUCAAGAAGCCUCAGAUUCUAAACACCAAAGCAAAGAUCUCGUCUAAAGCCCCAGAGCCUGAGAGCGUGGGGCCCAUCUCCCUGACGCUGACCCCUGUCUCGCAGCCGCAGAGCAGAAAGAAACCCAGCGCCAAUAAAACCGACUCGGACUCGGACCCGGAGGCACAGGUGGCUCAGCAGAUGCUCUCCUUUGUCAUGGACGACCCCGACUUUGACUCUGAGGCGUCCGACACUCCCAAAGUAACGAAGGAGGUGUUUCCGGUUCGGGACGAGCUGCUCUCUGACCUCUCUGAUGACGAGCGUCCUCGGGUGAAGGAGCCGCUGAAGCCCUCACUCCUGUCCUUCAAACACAAAGAUCACACUGACCUGUUCGGGCUGGGCUUCACUGAGGACACGCCGGCCGCCAAGGACAGCAGUGACGAGCAGGACGAAAAAGAAACAAAACACUCCAAAGAGAAGAAGAAGAAGAAGAAGAAAAGUAAAGAGGACGACGAGAAAAGCAAGAAGAAACACAAACACAAGAAAAAGGAGGAAUCCGGAGCCGUCGACGACAAGGAGAAAAAAAAGAAAAAAUCCAGGAGUAAAAAGUCUGAGGUGGAUGAGCUGGAGGACUUUCUGGGCGGUGGGACAGCGGCAGCGAAACACGACGACGGAGACUACGAAGAACUCUAA